GGAGCUGGGCAGACAGGGCACCCCUGACAGCGCUGCGGGGGUCCCAGACUCUGCCUCCUGCCUGGCCGGGGAGCCAGCAACACCACCGCGUUGGUGGGGCCAACAGAAUAGAACACGGGAAAUUUAUUAGCCAAUCACGUUUCUUUCUCCUUAUUCCAGCCUAGCGACGCCCUCUGGCCCCUCACGGCUCCGGGGCGCCGCUCUGUCCGGAACCAGCGUUCAGGGGACACGGCUCUAUGGGGCACAAACGCCCGCUGCACCCGGAAGUAGCCUCGCCGCCACCAGAGGAGCGCAAGGAAACGUUCGGCGCGGGUACGUCCAGUAACGUUCUCUCCGCCUCGCCUCGCCGCUCCCGGAGCUGGAAUGUGACCUUCCGAUUCGCUCCUCAUGAGCGAGGCGGGAGGGUGCGGGCGUGGUUCCGCUGGGCCUGCGGCUGCCGCUGCGGCGAUGGGGAGUCGGGCGGAGGUUUUGAAGCUUUUCAAAGCAUUGCACAGAACACGGCAACAGGUUUUUAAAAAUGAUGCCAGAGCCCUAGAAGCUGCAAGACAAAAGAUAAAUGAAGAAUUCAGAAACCAUCAAGAUGAGACCUCUUCAGAAAGAAUAGCAGAGCUUAUGAAAAUAGGUUCAGAUGUUGAAGUUCUACUCAGAACAUCUGUUAUACAGGGACUUCACACAGGUUCUGAAAGUCUGAUGCUUAUACCCAGGAAAGAUCUGCUACUAGACAAUGUUCCUUACUGUGAUACGCCAACACGAAAGCUUUGAAACUUCAAGGACUAAAGUACAUCUUUUUUUUUUUUUUUUUUUUUUUUUUUUUUUUCCCCCCUCAAAGCAAAAUUAAUUUCCUGGAACAAAAUCCCUGAAAACAAGUAGCUGAAAUCUCUGUGUUCAGACUAAACUUAGAAAAUAUUGAAUCCUUUUGGCAGGAAACAAAGAUUGACUCAAUCCACUGAUUUGUACUCUGAACUGGGAAGGUGAAUUUGAGAGAAGCAAGAUUGAUGUUCUGUGUUUCUGAAGGACCCUUCUCUUCAUUUGGAAGGAUUACAUUUCCAUAGAAACUAAAGUCCUAUAUUGUUUUCUAAAAAUAUCCUAGGUGUACUCUUUUAUCUCUGCCAAUAAUGGGUAUUAUCAAGUCUGAAAAAAAAGAGAAAACAUUUAAUUGUUUUUCGGAGGUUUUGCAAAGUUUAAUAAUAAUAAUAAUAAUAAUAAUAAUAAUUAAUUAUAAAUAGAAGUAGAGUGUUUAGUCCUGAAAAUAUUUAUUUAUAAAUUCAAAUAUAUUGACAAACUGAGACAAAAUAAUGGUGAAAAAACAUACUAUACUGUCUAGUUAUCUUUUUAAGUAUAAAUUGCACCACAGACCUGUUUUCUGAAAUUGUCAUUAGCUGUACGAUGGUGCAUAUGAGAGGGUUCUUAAAGGCAUAUCUAAAUAAAUUAUCAGCCUUUACAGAUA